GAACUAUUUCACAACAUUCUGUACAAAAACACUUCAUCACUCGAUAACUUCCAGGAUGGCGCCAACCAAAGACAGCUUCCUUGACCUAGAAAGACAACGAAAGAAGUUAGAGGAAAAUGUCGAAAAGCUUUCCAAGGCCCUUGAAUAUUGGAAACAAUCACAGGAAGAGUACGAGUCGCUGCGCAAGGCUGUUCAGUCGCUACCGUCAUCGGCCAGCCGAGUAGAACUUACAAAUACACGGGACCAAUUUGAAGGCAAAAUUUUGGACAAAAAGGAACUGGACGUUAUAUUCGGUCCCAAUGUCGCCAAGAGUGCCGAGCAAGUUGUCAGCUUACUCACGAACCGGGUGGACUACGUCUCUAAAAAUGUAGGCACACUAACGAAACAACUCGAGGAUGCGCAGAACAAGCUCGCCGCCGUAACGGUUGUCACAAACCCCGACGCCACUGACGAAGAAGGGCUGCCGAUUACCGAGAUCAUGGAAGAGUUGGAUGACGAUGACAAUGUGAUAUCCUACACCCUACGCACUCCUGGGGACAAUCGACCGCAGAUUCUAGAGACAUUGAGGAAAGCUGGUAUCAUAGACUUUGGACCUUCCACCAACGAAAACGUCCUACCUGAAAUCUCGGAAGAGACUCAGCAGGACGAGUCACAGCCCCCAGCAGAUGAUCAAAGUCAAUCAGUCCACCAGUCCAAGCAACCCCAGGAUGUCGAGCCGCCAACCGUCGCAGCCCAGCCGGCCGAACAAACUGACAAGUCACCUGUCAAAGAACAACCAAAACCAAAGCCUAAGUCUAAGAAAAAGAGCGUGGCAUUUGCCGAGGAUACUAAGCCCGAGGAAGAACAGACGCAAUCGGAUACUGCUAAGAGGCUAGAAGAAAUUCUCCAGAAGGCAAGGGACCAGCAGAGCAUAAUAUCAAAUCCCGUCUUCCCUGCCGACGAAUCACCAGAGGACGCAGAACUGAGAGAAGAUAUGAUCCGCUAUAAUAAGGAGACUAUGGAAUACGAGAUGGCCCCUAUCGUUGCUGAAUUGCAACUAGAAGAGGGGUCUUCUACAGAUGACACAGGUGACUAUAGCGACGACGACGAUGACGAUGAGGAAGAUGAAUUUGGUCGGACAAAGGUCCAUGUCGAUGAUGACUGGAAACGAUAUAUGCUGGAACUUAAAGAGAAGCUGUCCGGUUAUGAGUUUAAGAAGGAUGUGGCGGUAGAUGAUGAUGAUGAUCUGGUCGAAGGCAUUGGUCGUAUAACCAUCAAACACGAAGGUCAAGAUACGCCCAAUGUUGGGAGUGAACCAGUAGUCAACUCUAUCGGGGAGGAUUCAGCGCCAGUGAAAGACGUUAAGAAGAGCGUCAAAUUCGCCGAGAGUGUGGACAUCGCGGAGGCCCCAGCUCCAAAGCAAACACGGCCAAAACAGACAAAGCAGUCCGAAGUGGACCCUAUUUCUGACGUUGUUAUGGAGCGCAACGGCGGAACGCCUCAACCAAGAGUAGCUUCAUCUAAGAAGACAUCUCGAUUCCGCAAGGCGAGAAACACCGAACCUGCGAUAGUGAAGGCGCCCGUGGCCCUAGAUGGCACCCCUAUCGCACCGGAUAGACCCAACAUCAAUAUUAAACCUAUUCCCUCAGGCCCUGAGGGUCAGACUGUGGCAAAGUCUGUAUUAGAACACGAGCCAUCUUCAGAGGUGAAAGAGCCGGAUGAAUUCGAUGCCAACCUCCUACACAACCAAGCUACGGAAGAGUAUCAUAAGAUGCGGAAUAGGCUCGUCCAUCGCAACGGUGGCUUUAUGAAGGAAGAUGAGAGCCCGAUCCAACCGCUAGAUGAAGAAGAGGGCGGACCAAAGCGGGUGAGCCGUUUUAAAGCGGCUAGGCUAGGAAAGCCUUGAAGGGGGUUAAGAAUUCGCAACUGGUUUUUGAUCCUAGGAUUAAGUGAAUCCGACUUGCGCUUAUUAUGCGACUAAGGAUUGCCUACGGCCGGAGAUUUACGACUUUGAUAUUGAUGCUGCGGACUUGACGAACUCACCAAUGUCUCAUAAAUGUCUAAACCGGCGGUUCACUUGGCACCUAGGUACUUAGCAUCCAUGCAUUACUCAAUCAGGGGGUCAGUCUUCAAAACUCGCCACCAAUAAUUUACAAGAGAAUGCUUCUAACCGGUGAUCCAUCUGCUA